GCAGACUUUGGUUUCUUGGUAAACUGAAUGCAUGCGAGCUUAUCUCAGCAGAAAAAUCUUUUCAAAAUGGUGUCAUUGCUCUCUAGAAAGACAAUUUAAAUAGAUGUAUUUUUUUCCUUUUCAUUCCCUUUAGUGGAAUAAAUCAUUUCUGUGCUUUUGUAAUGUAUUAAACGCAGGUAUAUUAUACUGUAUUUAUGUAUGAAACAUUAAGCAUGUGUAUUGCCAUUCACAUUUUCCUACACAGUCUUAAGAGAAGAGGGAGUGCAAUUCAGCUUCAAAUGCCUUUAGUGUUCCCCUUUUGAUUACAAUGUUAGUUAAUUAUUUCAGCUUUACACACAAUGUCAAGUCCUUGUGCCUGGCGGCAAUUAGAGAUGUGCAUUCAUUAAAACCACCCUUGUUCUUUCCCUAAUGCAGCCAUCAGCUAUAGGCCGUGCCUAACCAUCCACACAAUGAGGAAACGUAAUUAAUAACUGCACACGCUCACAUUUAUAAACACACAUGUGCACCCUGCUUUAUAUAGAACGCAUUCUGUGAAUUGGAGGCAAAUAUUUGGAGUACAGAUCAAGCAUGUGUUUAUGGGGCAGUAAAAGCUUUAUUGAACUCCUGGAAGGCUUAGUAAACAUAUUCGUUUUACAUGAUGAAAAGGAAAAGUUACGUAGUUAUGUAGGCUACAUCUAAAUACUGAAACAUGCUACCUUUGCAAUAUGGAAAAUGGAGGCCCCGAACCACAAAACCAGUCACACAGGUAUAUUUGUAGAAAUAGCAAACAAUACAUUGUAUGGGUCAAAAAAUUGUAUUUAGGUAAAAAAAAGUCAUACAGUCAUGUUGGAAAGUGUUGCCUGAGGGCAGCAAUUCAGCUACCUAAGCUUUUGGAUGUAGUCAAAGACUUCUUAACCUGCAUCUCUCUCUUACUGUCUGUUUCUUAGGUAACAUCUUUGUGGUGAGUUUGGCGGUGGCGGACCUGGUGGUGGCCAUCUAUCCGUAUCCGCUGGUACUGACCUCCAUAUUUCACCGGGGCUGGAACCUGGGAUACAUGCACUGCCAAAUCAGCGGCUUCCUGAUGGGUGUCAGUGUUAUCGGCUCCAUCUUCAACAUCACCGGCAUCGCUAUCAACCGCUACUGUUAUAUCUGCCACAGCCUCAAAUACGACAAGCUCUACAGCGACAAAAACUCAGUUUGCUAUGUACUGUUAAUCUGGGCCUUGACAGUGCUUGCUAUUGUGCCCAACUUGUUCGUAGGCUCCUUGCAGUAUGAUCCACGGGUUUAUUCCUGUACGUUCGAGCAGUCGGCGAGCUCGGCAUACACGAUCGCUGUCGUGUUCUUCCAUUUCAUUCUUCCCAUCAUGAUCGUCACCUACUGUUACCUGCGAAUCUGGGUUCUGGUCAUACAGGUGCGACGACGGGUGAAGCCCGACAAUCGUCCCAAGCUCACGCCUCAUGACGUGCGAAACUUCGUCACAAUGUUUGUUGUUUUCGUGCUCUUUGCCGUGUGCUGGGCACCAUUAAACUUCAUCGGGUUGGCUGUAGCGAUUUCUCCCGAGCGUGUGGUUCCUUUAAUACCUGAAUGGCUGUUUGUGGCAAGUUAUUUCAUGGCAUACUUUAACAGUUGCCUCAAUGCAAUCGUCUAUGGAGUUUUGAACCAGAACUUCCGUCGUGAGUAUAAGCGCAUUGUGGUUUCAGUAUGUACUGCCAGGAUCUUCUUUGGGGAAAGUUCUAAUGAAGCGCAAGAAAGACUCAAGAGUAAACCUUCGCCCCUCAUGACUAACAACAAUCAGGUCAAAGUGGACUCUGUGUAAGUGUUUAAGCAUAAGACGUGAAAAGUACACAGCAAAACCAAUCCUUGCUUGAAACUAAGCAGACUUGAUUUAAAAGAAAAUCUGAUCACCAAAUAUGAUGUUAGGACGUGGCGUCUAGCCCUGAAACUGUGAUUUGUUGCCUCAACACAAUCAAAACAAACAGGAAAUUAUCAUCAUUGUCUUUUAUAAAGCACUUUUUUCAUUCUUGUUCAGACGUACUUGUAAGUAUGUAUGAAUUUAUUGUUUAAAUGUUUACAGUAAUUGUAUCAGCAAAUCUAUGUAAGACAUACUUUGUGUAAUGAUUUUAUAUGAGUUAUCUUUGUCUGAAGAGAACAAAAAACAAAUACGAAGGUAUGAUGGAUAUAUAUUACUGUAUAUAAAUAUAUAUAGAGAGAGUGAGAGAGAGAGAGAGAGAGAGAGAGUGAGAGAGAGUAAGAGAGUUUCACUGAUGUUGUUCAUUCAGUGGAGAAUGAAGAACAACGCUCUCAAAAUGUUGCCAUGUACAUCAGCAUAUCUCUACAAUGCCUGGCCAUAAAUGUGACCAAAACUUUAUAAACACUCAACCAAAAGAGUUUGUUACAAAGUUUACUGUUUUGAGAUGACCUCACCCGGUUCAACACUGUUACUCUACAUAUGAGAGAGCAAUACACUUCGAUUGCUGCUUUCCCACAAUCCCCUGCAAACAUUUUUGAGGGUAUGGGGUUCUUUUUCUGUAGGGUUUCUAUACCCUUUUCUUGCUAUUCUCUUUUUUAAAUGGUUUUUAUUUUCACCUGUCUUUAUCUAUUUAAACCUCUCCUUGCCUUCUCUCUUUUUUUUCUUUGUAUCCAUCUCUUUCUCUCCACUCUUUGUAUGCAUGGAUCUGAUGACAAGUUCAUAUGCAAACUGAGUAAAAAUAAUAAAAGUAAAAUGUUUGAUGAAUAAGAAAUAAAAUGGAAAUUUCUGCAUAAUUAUGUGGAGUUUAUACAUUAUAUGUGUAUGUUGAAUAUGUGACAGAAUUAGAAUGUGCGCGGAAAACAGUUUUGUCUUUUUUUUUAGUAAACUAUUUAAUCAUAAAUCAAGAUUUAAAAAUACUCUAAAUCUGCACAAUACAUAAAGAUAAAAAAAAAAUACAAUUUGCUCAGAAUAUCUAAAUUAUUCUUUAACAUUGAAAUAGGCCAUAACAUUGAGUGAGACUAUUAUUUUUACUUAAUUAGUUUUAUAAAUAACAUUCUAAUACUGGUGGUAGAUGCAGUUCUGUGCAAAAGUAUAUCCAAAAAAAGCCAGUUGUGGAGCAUGUUGUCAGACUCCUUCUGCAUAUAAAAAUCUCAAUGGAUUAUUGCAUUUAAUGGCAAAAGGACAGUUUGAAACUGAUAUUACUGACAUCCUACAGGAAGAUAGAAAUUACUGGUUUAGAAACUGACCUUUAGAAACUGGCUUUAAGCCUUUUUUUUUGUGAUGGUGGUGGUGAAAAUACUAAUGACCUGAGACUUGUAUUUUUUCUGUCUUAAACCUUUGAAAGGUGUAUUAUAAUAAUACAUUUAUGAUUAUUAUAGUUUUUUAAAAUUACAAUUGCAUAAAUUCCAGGAUAGGCUAAAUAGGA